UUCAAUCUCUCGCUUUGGUUGCUGCUAAGAAUGCUCAUGGUCUUCUUCUUCAUUCGUUACUGAAAUUCAAAAACCCUAGAAUUUCUCUGGCGAAAUUCUCGGUUCUCUUUGAUUCUAUCGAGAUUCAAUCGAGAUGCAAUCUAGGGUUUUGACGCUGGAGGAUGGGAAGGAACCAUUGCAGAGGCCGCAGGCCAAAGCACUACCGAUGAGAAUCGUCAAAGUUCUCGCCUUUUUCCUAUGUCUCGGCAUCGUGUUCUCGGCCAUCAGUGUGUAUUUAACUCGCUACUAUGGUGUUUACAGCGUUGUUUCAAAGCCUCUGGUGGGUCUCCAGCCUUGCAUUGAAGCCAUGGAUGCUCUGACUCGGUGGAUCAAGCCGCCGUCCAGCUUGAUGCACACGAUGAGUGAUGAGGAGCUCUUAUGGCGUGCUUCGUUUGUUCCGAGGGUGAAGAAGUAUCCAUUCCAGCGGGUUCCGAAGGUUGCCUUUUUGUUCCUCACUAUUGGGCCUCUGCCUUUGGCGCCGCUGUGGGAGACCUUCCUCAAGGGGAACGAAGGGCUUUACUCGGUUUACAUUCAUUCUUUGCCGAGUUACCGAGCUGAGUUUCCAUCAUCUUCAGCGUUUUAUCAUCGGCAAAUCCCCAGCCAGGUGUCUGAGUGGGGGAAGAUGAGCAUGUGUGACGCAGAGAGGCGACUCCUUGCAAAUGCACUGCUAGACAUCUCGAACGAAUGGUUCAUCCUGCUGUCAGAAUCAUGCAUACCAGUCUACAAUUUCAGCACAAUAUACCAAUACUUCAUGAGGUCGAAUUACAGUUAUGUUGGGGCUUUUGAUGAUCAGGGCCCUUUUGGAAGAGGCCGCUACAACAUUCUCAUGGCACCCGAGGUUAACAUCUCACAGUGGCGCAAGGGCUCCCAAUGGUUUGAAGUGAACAGAGAACUUGCGGUCACCAUGGUAAGAGAUACCAUAUUCUACCCAAAAUUCGAAGCAUUCUGCAAACCUCAUUGCUAUGUGGACGAGCACUACUUCCCGACAAUGCUCACCAUCGAAGCACCUCACUUGCUAGCAAAUAGAACUGUAACCUGGGUAGACUGGUCGAGAGGUGGCGCUCACCCGGCCACAUUUGGGAGGGUUGACAUCACAGAAGGAUUUCUGAAGAGAAUUCGCGAGGGGAACACUUGUUUAUACAAUGACCAGCCCACCGAUAUCUGCCAUCUCUUCGCCCGAAAGUUUUCUCCGAGCGCACUGGAGCCUCUGCUACAAUUAGCACCCGGUCAUCUUGGCUUCGGUGAUCGAAGAGAAGAUCCGGGGACAUGAUCAAAGAUUAUAUAUAUACAAAACACCAUGUUUCGUCACUGACAAAAUACCGGCAUCCUAAUUUCUGAACUUCUUCCUGUUGUAUUGUAUUGUACAGUUAAAAACAGCCAGUAACUUGUUAAUUCUCUA